AUGAAUGGGGACUCUGCCCGGCAUUACGUUCUCCGUCCGCCUAAUGUUGCAAGCGACAAGAAUGAGCAAGACACGAACGAAGACAGCGAGGAAGACGAGGAGGUAACAGAUGAAGAAAGCGACGAAGAAGAAGAAGAAGGACCAGAAAACGAGAGCCACGACGCGGAAUUCUUGUUCAAUCGGGACCAGACCCUAGACAUGGAAACCAAGCUCAAGGUGCGCGAAGCGCUGAAAACCCGAUGGCAGGAAUCAGGCGAUCUUGAUCACUUUUGGCACAGCGGCGACUGUGAAGGCACUUUCGGACUCCAGAAACAGAGAUCACGAUACGAAUCACGGGAUUUGCAGUAUGGAGACUUCAUGUAG